AUGAACAGAGGCAGCUCCUUUGCAAAAAGCCCCAGGGAAUAUAGCCAGAAAUCAGAGAAGAACUCCAAGGCUUUCAAGGAUAUUUCCAAAUACUUCUCUAAGAAAGAAUGGGCAGAUCUGGGUUACUCAGAGAAAAUCACCUAUGUGUAUAUGAAGAGAAACUAUGACACCAUGACUGAUCUAGGUCUCAAGGCUACCCUACCAACUUUCAUGUGUCCUAAAAAAUGAGCCACAAAAUCCAGCGGGCAUGAUUCUAAAGGUCGGAACCCCAGGAAUCAGCGUAAGGUGAUGCCCAAGAAGUCCGAAAAGAAAAAAUAUCCUUCGAAGUUAGUACCAGAAACAUCAGGCUCAGAGCAGGCUCAGGAACAGCUGUGCCCCCCGGGAAAAGCAAAUACCUCUGGUCAGCAGAGUACGGAAACAUCAGGACCCAGGAGAAGGAAGAUUGAUGUCUGGACCCACAGUCUGCAGGAAGAAAAGAACCUAGUGGUCUAUGAAGAAAUCUGUGAUCCCAAGGAAGACGACUAA